AUGAACAACGGCACGGCGGUCUCGCCCCAGCGGCCACCGCAGCACCAGCUCAGUCCUGCCCAACUCCAGAGACAACUGCAACAGGCCCUCAUCCAGCAACAGCAGCAAAAGCAGCAGCAACAAACCAGACCCAGACCCAACAUCCAGAACUACCAUUUUGCCACUCUGUCAGCAGAUAUUCUCCGGAAGUAUGCAAAAUAUCCUGCUUCUAUUACACUUCACAUAUACGAAACCCACUACCGCUUCAACAACUCGCUGGAUUCCAACAUAAUACCCAAGAACUCGCCAAUGAUCAAGGACUUUUUGCACCAUGUGAUGAAGGAGCAGAUUCCCGUAGAAAUGAGCGAGUUGCUCAAAGACUUCUCCAUCAAGUCUUACGAUGGCUGCCUAAUUCUUCAGGUGUUUGAUCAUCGAAACAUGGUAUCGACUACAGCAGGGGUGACAAAAGCUGGUUCAAGUGGAGAAUCCAAAGAUGUGAAAAAAGAGAUCAUAGCUAAUGGUUCAGCAGAUAAUGCUGUUGCUAAUAGUUCGAGUGGUUCUACUUCAGCUUCAGCUGCGGGCACGAACUCCACAGCAACAGCAUCGGCUUCAACAACAGCAGUUUCAUCGGGAUCUUCUCCUGCUACUGCAUCUGGCAGUGGAUCUUCCGCUGGAACUGCUGCUUCAACCAUACCUAAGCCUAAAACGUAUAGAACUUUACUUCGUCCUACGCAGCUUUCUCUAUACUACGAUUUAUUGUAUCAUACCGAUUCAGCGUUGACCAAAUUCACCGACUCCUUAUCUCUUCAGAUGGAGUCGGAGAUUCUAACUUUGACUAACCGGAAGUUGGAUCUCGCUGUACCUUUAAAUCCUUAUCUAUGUGACGAGUAUCUUCGUCCCGAGCCUGAAUACCCCAAGAAAGUAUGGGAUGAAGCAAUUCAAGACUACAAGCUUAUUCAUCUGCAUCGUGAAGCCGCGGAUCAUAAAUCUAGGAAGAUCCAUCUGGACGAGAUGGUGCUUCACAAGACUUCUGAAUAUGAAGAAAUUAUGUUACUUUUGUCUAACAAGUACAAGAGACCAGAUGAGUCUCAAGAUAAGAAGUUGAUAAUUGUAGGUCCUUCGGCUCUGGCAGCAGCAGCCGCUACUACCACUACUCCAGCUAAUCCACCUAAAUCAACAAGUAAGGAAGGUACUUCUGGACCGGAUUCGAAGGUUAAAAAAGGUGAGGAUUCUGCUCCAUCUAUUCCAGCAGUUCCGGCAGUUACUCCAGCGCAAUCUACUACGAGAAGUACUGGUCAAUUCAUGAGAUUGAGACUAAUCGAAGAAAUAAGAAAGAAGAGGGAAGCAGAAAGAGCUCUGCAAGAAGCCAAACUACAGGCCCAGACUCAGGCUGUUCAGAGUGAUGGAAAUCUAGCACUCAGUUCCGUCAACCAGACACCACAGGAUAAGCGAAAAUUGGCAGAAAUGGAAAUACAACGUCAACAGCAACUUCAGCAGCUGAGCCAACAACAAUUGCAACAGUCUCCACCUUCACAACAGGGCCAGCCUCAACAGAAGAAAUUGAAGAAAGAACCUGUAAAGUCUCAAAUGCCUCAGCAAGUACAACAGUUUGGUAACAAUAAUGGUAAUAAUAAUAGUAGCAACGGAGGAGGAAUUGUGACUCCACAACAGAAUAACAUUCCCGUUGCUCCACAACCAAUAAGGAAUGGAACAGCCUUAGCUGCUCAACAACAGCAAUUACAGCAGCAAGCACAGCAGCAAGCACAACAACAAGCACAACAGCAAGCACAGCAACAGCAACAACAGCAGCAACAGCAACAACAACAGCAACAACAGCGUAUGGUUCAGAAUACUUCAGCUCCAGGAAGUCUGCAAUCUUCUCAACAAAGCUCUAGCCAAACUAGUGGAAGUGCUUCUUCUGGAAGUGGACUGCAGCCCACUCUUUUGCAACAGCAACAGCAGCAGAUUUUCCAGAACUCUUUAACUCCUGAAGAGCAACAGGUGUUUAGACAAUUGCAACAGAGAAUGAACACUUUUGCCGUAAUGGGAAAUACUGGGGUAGCACCAAAUAGACAACAAUUGACACCACAACAACAACAACAAGCCCAACAACAAGCCAAGGCAAUACAGCAGCAGUUGAUGCAGAAAUUCCCUCUCUACUUCCAGCGUUUGCGUCAAUUCCACCUUAUCCAACAACAGAGACAACAGAAACAAAAACAGAUCCAAGAGAAACAAAUGCAAGCAGCUGCUGCAGCAGCUGCUCAGUCAAAUAAUAAUGCUCGUUUUAACCAGCAGCAACAUCCUAACAUUUCUGGAAAGAUUGUCCCAGGCUCUUCUCAGCUGCAAGCAGACAAGAAGAAGAGGAACUAUAAGAAAAAGAAUUGA